AUGGUCGAGCUCCGCAAACGCAAGACGCCGCCCCCGCAGCCCGAGAAGCCCGCCAAGAAGAAGCCGGGCCCGCGCUCCAAGGCCCAAAAAGCCAAAGAAGCAGUGACGGAGGCCGACGCCGCAAAGGCGCAAGACGUGCUCGCCGAGACGGCCACCGACGCAAAGGACGCAGUGCAAGAGGCCGCGACGCAGGUGCAGGACGCCGUCGCCAGCGCUGUCAAUGGCGCGACGACGACGACGACGACGACGACCCCCGCUGGCAAGCCCGAAAAGGGAUCUAAGAUCGAGCUAGACGGCUUCGGCGGCGAGAUCGAGACCCAUGACGGCAAGAAGGUGUCGCUGAAGCAGCUGGUGGACGAGAGCGCAGCCGGCGUCGUCCUGUUUACGUAUCCCAAGGCCUCGACUCAGGGAUGCACGAAACAAGCCUGCCUCUUCCGCGACGCCCACACCCCCCUCACAGCCACCGGCUACAGCAUCUACGGCCUCAGCGCCGACAGUCCCAAAGCGAACCUUAGCUUCAAAACCAAGCAAAACCUGCCCUUCACGCUGCUGUGCGACGCGCAGAACACGCUGCUGCGGGCGAUCGGGCUGGCCAAGACGCCCAAGGGCGCCGUGCGCGGCGUCUUCGUCGUCGACAAGAGCGGCACCGUGCGUGCGGCUGAGGCUGGCGGGCCCGAUCGCACGCUUGCUGUUGCGAGGGACGUUGCGGGCGCUGCUGAGGGUGCUGCUCCUGCUCCUGCGGCGGGGAGUGAGGAAGAUAGGAAGCGCGCUGAUGUCGCGGGCGAGGUCGCGGAUACGGCGCAGAGGGUUGAUGGCGGGAAGGCGGAGUAG